AUGUUGAGAGAAGAAGAAAAUUCGGUUACUAAUUUUCUACCAGGAAAACGCUUCGGAGAAUGGGUGAUACUCAAAAAAGUGGACGAAGGUGGAUUUGGACAAGUAUACAAGGUUGAAAGUGUGUUACGGAGAGGGGUGGUGGCUGCAUUGAAAGCAGAACCAAACGAUGUUGAAGGAGGUUCUGCCAUAAAACUCGAGAUAGCUGUACUCCGCGCAAUAACACGGACCGGAGAAAAACCGCACAUUCCACAAGUUUUUCAUGCAGCAAAACGUAGAAGAUAUUGCUAUAUGGUGAUGACGCUGUUCGGCGAGAAUCUGAAAUCUUUAAAGGUUAAUUGCCCGCGAGAAAUUAUGUCUCCCCAAACAUGGAGUCGCAUAGCCGUUCAGUGUUUGUACAGCGUGAAACUCGUCCACGACUAUGGUUACGUUCAUCGUGACAUAAAACCCAAUAAUUUCGUAAUGGGACAUAAAGACGAUCUCGAGAGAGCUCAUAUAGUUCAUAUUCUCGAUUUUGGACUAUCACGAGCAUACGCUGUUUUUAAAAAUGGGAAAUGGAUAGCAAGAAAAGCCAGAGGUACUGCGGAAUUCAGAGGAACGCUUCGUUAUUGCUCACCUAACGUUCACGAGAAGAAAGAGCAGGGUCGACAAGACGAUUUAUGGUCUUUAUUUUAUGUGCUCAUUGAACUUCAUUGUGGUCUACCAUGGCAAACAGUUAGAGAUAAACAUAAGGUCGAAGUAAUUAAGAUGAAUAUUCCUGACGAGAAUUUGGUUCAAAAUUUCCCGCCUGAAUUACGUGAUAUAGUUCCGCAUUUGAGAACCUUGGACUGUUAUCAGCGACCUAACUACAGUAUGUUUUACGAGGCGUUAGUGGCUCUCAUGAAUAGACUAGGUACAAAACCGUUAGAUCCGUACGACUGGGAAACACAAGAGCAAGUCGACAGAUUGCUAAAGAACACGAAGCCAGCUGCUUGGGAGAAUGCAGCUCAGUUCUUCAAAUCAGAUCCCAUCAAUAUACAUGCUCCUCCUCUACCAGUUCCAAGACGGUCGACUUCUACAAGUACUAACAAUGCUUGCGAAAUUAAUUGUGCUGGUUUAUAA